AUGAGUAUAUCGUUGAAUGUGCCACCCCACUUUGAUGGUAAUAAUUAUGCGUAUUGGAAGGUGAGAAUGAGGGCGUUUUUGAAAUCCUUAGAUGAGCGUGGUUGGCAGAUUGUGGUAAAUGGUUGGUCAGUCCCUAGUACCACAAUAGAUGGUGUAGUCACUCCCACCCCUGUCGAGAACUGGUCUAGAGCUCAAUUGGAUAGCUGUAAUUUAAAUAGCAAAGCCCUCCAUGCCAUAUUUAUGGCAGUUUCCCUCGAGGAAUUUAGGAAAGUGUCCAUGUGUGAGGUAACAAAGGAAGUUUGGGAUAUUUUAGAAACCACACAUGAGGGAAAUCAGGCAGUUAAGAGUUAUAAGCUGCAGAUGUUGGCCACUAGGUUUGAAGAGAUAAGAAUGAGAGACGAUGAGAUGUUUGAUGUCUUUUAUGCGAGCUUAAAUGACAUAGUAAAUUCGUCUUUCAAUCUAGGUAAGAAAAUCCCUGAACCUAAGAUAGUGAGAAAGAUUCUUAGAUCCUUACCUGAGCGUUUUAGGCCUAAAGUCACGGCAAUUGAGGAGAGUAAGGACAUAGACACUAUCAAGAAUAAGAAGAAGCCUCAAGAGAGACAAAGAGGUGGCCCGAGUAAAUCUAGGAAGAAAUCCAAAUCCGUGAGAUGCCAUAACUGUCGCGGUUUUGGUCAUGUGAGAAAUGAGUGCCCUAGUGCUAAGAGAUUUGAAGAGAAGGCUAUGAAUACUACUCUCACUGAUGACGAGUCUAGCUCGGACAAUCAGAUUAAGAAAUCCACCCAUGAGGAGAGUGGAAAAUAUGUGGCCUUCGUUGCAAGGGAUAAAAGUGGAUCCGAAGAGCGGAGUGAUAGGGAAGAGGACUUAGAUAAUAGUGAAGAAUUUGGUGAUGAGAGUGGAAGUGAGCAAGAUCUAGAAACAACCUAUGAUAGGAUGUAUGAGGAAAGCCUUAAGAUCUUAGCUGCUAACCAGGCAAUGAACAAGAAUGUGAAGGGGCUUAGACUAGAGAAGGAACAGUUAGAAGCUCAGGUUAGUGAUCUCACCAGUAAGAAUGAGAUGUCCUCUAGGAGAGUAAGUGAGCUAACUAUUGUGAAUGAAACCUCAGCUAUUCAGGUUAAACACCUUGAGAGUGAGCUAGAAUUGUCUAGGUAUCAGUUACUUGCCUUUUCUAGCAGUUCUGAAAAGCUAGAUAAUAUUCUAGGUAUAGGCAAGCCGGCUGGUGAUAGGGGAGGUCUAGGUUUUGAUCUGAAUGUUGCUAGACCUAGGUCUACCAGACGUCGUAGGACCCGUCGGCCUAGGAAUAGAAAUCAGCGUAAGCAUAUCAUGGGUCCUAGGUUUGUCCCUACAUGUUUUUACUGUGGGGAGUUAGGUCACAUCCGCCCUAGAUGUCAUCAGUAUCUGAACAAUAGGAAAGAUUUGAGCCUGAAAAGGAACAAAAAUCAUGUGUCUGUUUGUCAGAUUGGAUUCCUUGCUGAUCAAGUGAAUCGUUUAACUCAAUUGAUGACACAGCUGUUUGGAAACAAUCCCUGUUCUAGACAGAUUUGGGUGAAGAAAAACGAUCUCCCAAAUUUGGUUAGAGAUCACGGUGCUCUUAAAGGAAAGAGCAUUUAUAUACAUAAUUGA